UGGGCCCAGGGGCGAGGGGUGGGGGGGAGAAGGGCACAGGGUGUGCUGAAGUUCCCUGCGGGAGAGAGCCAGGUCUAUGUGAGAGGCACAGCGAGGAAGGAGGGCCUGGCUAGAGGGGCGAAGCCUAAAAUGUCCAAUUUCCUUUCCUGGCAUGAAGCUAAUUCCUUGCCGGAAGUGGACGAGGGGAAGGGAUGGGGGAGAAGAGAAGCCAGCGUCCCCCUUCUCUACUCCCCGCUACUUCCUCUCCCCCUUCCUCCCCUGCAGGGGUAGCCUCUGCCCUCCUUCAACCUGGGGCCUAGCCCUCUAGGAAAGCCCAGACUAGGCUGUUGAGAAACUACUUCCCAGCACCUGCCUGGUCCUCCACACUGUUCCCCUAGAGUGAGGGCAGUGGGGGAGGACCUCUGGGGCGGUGUGGGGAACAGUCCCAGACAUUGGGAGUUUGUAUUUGCUCCGAAGGUGGUGGGAUGUGGAAAUGGGGGUCCCACUGAGGUGUUGGGGUGCCACCCAGGUGAGGUGUCUUGCUUGUAAACAGUCAUUACAGCCAGGAAUUUCUUUCUCGGCUGUGGUGUCAGAAGGGCAGACCUGAAAAACCUGCUGGGCCCGCCUCUGGGUGUGGGGGGUGCCCUCUGCAGCUAUCUUGCUGCAGCCCAUCCUGGGACGGGACAGGGACACAGGGUCACCAGUGGGGAGACCCAGGGGCUGGUGUGGGGGUGUGUUGGGGAGGGGACUGCUGGGAUUCCCCCUUCUCACCAUCUUUGGGUGGGAACCAGGCAGUCCCAGGACCCCAGGCCAAUAUGCAGAGGGUAGGUGAGCAGAGGCAGAGGCUUGGGAGUGGGUGUGAGCAUGUUGGGGGUGUGGAGCGUGGACCCUGCCCGAUGACCCCAUGACUCAGGCCCUAGCUAUGUCCCUGAGGUCAGGCUGACAGGGUGGAGUCGGUGUUCCUGCCUGUACCCCAUGUGGACUUCCAGGAUGCCACGAGCUCCCAGGGAAAGAAGGCUCGAGACAUCCCAGUAUGGGAUGUGGGACCAAUCCUGGUGAACGGGCCCACUGGGGAGGAGUUGAGGUUCCUGUUGAGGUGGAGGAAGGUUUAGAGUUCCUCAAACCCAAAUGGGGGCUGGGGAAGAAGGAACCCCAGGAGCUGAGGGGCAGAGGAGGCUAAGCUGGGACCUCAAGGAAAGCCUGCCAUGCCGCCAAUGUCAGACCUUGGAGGGGGGUGGUGAGGGCAUGUGAGCACCUCUGCAGGGCACAUGCUGCUGCCUGGAUGUGCAAAAAGGCUUUAGGGACUGACCCCGCCCCUGAUGUUGAGGACAAGGAGCCCCUGCUUUGUGGGAGGGGCACAGACCCCAUGGGGUGGGUAGGAGCACUGCUGAUAAGCUGGUGGCACCCUAUUAGCAGCUUGGCCACACCCCCAAUGCAUAGAUGGGGAAGGGGCUUGAACCCAUCCCUCCGUGGCUGCCUGGGUCUUCACACCUGGCCACCAUGUCAUGACAAAAUGCGAGGCAGGUGGGGAUGGGACCUCUCUGGCCUCAUGAGGUCCUCCCAAUCGCCUGCCACCGAGGUCAGGCCAGGUGGUGGGAGGUGAUGUCACCUGGCUGCCCAGCUGGGGACUGAGCAGGCUGUGGGACAGAGGGAGCAAACUCCAGAGGAAGGGAUGAGGGCAGGGCUGGCAGCCAGCCAAGGCCGGCUCCAUGAUCAUCCAGGGUGUCUGGAGGCAGAGGAGGAGGCAGGAGGCAGUCAGCUUGUUAUCUGCAGCUGUGGGCUCUGCCACUCCCAGUCCCAGCAGGCUGACUUCCCUGUGCCGGGUGCAGGACAGGCUGGCAUGUGGGGAGGGGCUGGAGGGGUCCUGAGGCCAAGUGAAUGCUCUCCCUGCUGCACCAGGGCCGCGGGAUAGAGUUGGGACAAGUAGCGACCCACAGACCACAGUCAUUCUUUUAUUCACCCAGCAGACUCUCAUUGAGCACUUGAUGUGUGCACAGAAGUGUUCUGAGUGCCAGAGAUACUGAUACAUUUUCUGUCCUCCUAAAUAUACAAGGGAGGCACAGUCUUGUUUGACAGCAGUUGUGAGGGGACAAAAUGUGGGGGCCCACCUUUGGAAGUGACACUGAAGCCCCAGAAUGUAAGAGAGAACCAGGGGCUGGAGUGGCGAGAGGUGAAAAGUGCACUCCGGACAGCAGUGGCAGCCUGCACAAAGGCCUGGAGGCCUGGUGGGCUGGGAGCUUAUGAGGGAUUGGUGGGGUUCAGCACCUCUAGUGAGGGGGAGUGUUGGACCGGAGGGGUGGGCCUGGCUGCAUCUGUAGCCAAGGGCAGGUUAUUUCAUCUCUUUGUGUCUUACUCUCCUCAUCUCUAAAAUGGGGGUAAUAAUAAUCACGGAACGGCCAUCACAGGGUGGUUGUGAAGAUUAAAUGUGGCAUAGAACGUAACUGUUCCAGGCACCCAGGUGCUUAAUAAAUGCCUACUGUUCUUGUAGUUGGUUGAAUCUGUACCAUUAAUUCUCCCUUCCCAGGCAAGACUCCUGACUGUGGCCCAUGGGCCUCUGAGGAGGCAUUGUAAGUCCGCCCAGCUCCCCACUUGCUGUGCUCCCACUCAAUGGGAAGGGAACAAAGGCCUUGUCCAGCCAUCAGCCACAGCCUCUUGACAACACCAGGAUGGAAGUCAAAGGUCAGCUGAUCAGCUCUCCCACCUUCAGUGCCUCAGCUGCCCUGUUUGGAGAGGCUGCCCCCCAGGUGAAGUCAGAGCGUCUGAGGGGGCUGCUCGACCGUCAGCGGACCCUGCAGGAGGCCCUGAGCCUGAAACUUCAGGAGCUACGAAAAGUGUGUCUCCAGGAGGCGGAGCUGACUGGCCAGCUGCCCCCCGAGUGCCCACUGGAGCCUGGUGAACGGCCCCAGUUGGUCCGCCGGCGGCCGCCUGCAGCCCGCGCCUACCCUCCACCGCACCCCAAUCCAGCACACCACUCCUUGUGCCCUGCCAAGGCCCCGCAGGAGCUGGCGCUCGAGGCCCUGGAGCGCGAAGUGUCAGUGCAGCAGCAGAUUGCGGCAGCUGCCCACCGCCUGGCCUUGGCCCCUGAGCUCAGCGCCGAGCAGCGCCGACGUCGGCGCCAGGUCCAGGCAGAUGCUUUGCGGAGGCUGCAUGAGCUGGAGGAGCAGCUCGGGGACGUCCGGGCCCACCUGGGUCUCCCGGGGAUCCCGCCGCCCCAGCCCCUGCCGCUAUCCAGUGGGGCAGUUGUCGUUGCCCAGGGAGUCUGCCUGGGCACGCGCCUCGCUCAGCUCAGCCAAGAGGACGUAGUCCUGCACUCGGAGAGCAGCUCCCUCUCAGAGUCUGGGACCAGCCAUGAUAAUGAGGAGCCCCGUGGCUGCUUCCCUCUGGCUGAGCGCCCUUCACCACCGAAGGCCUGGGACCAGCUGCGGGCAGUAUCUGGGGGCAGCCCUGAGCGGCGAACCCCGUGGAAACCACCCCCGUCAGAUCUCUAUGGGGAUCUGAAGAGCCGGCGGAACUCCGUGGCCAGCCCCACCAGCCCCACACGCUCGCUGCCCAGGAGUGCCUCCAGUUUUGAGGGGCGAAGUGUGCCUGCCACCCCUGUCCUCACCCGGGGCGCUGGCCCCCAGCUCUGCAAACCUGAAGGCCUCCAUUCUCGCCAGUGGUCCGGCAGCCAGGACUCCCAGAUGGGCUUCCCCCGGGCGGACCCUGUCUCCGACCGUGCCUCCCUCUUCGCAGCUCGCACCCGCCGCAGCAAUAGCUCCGAGGCCCUGCUGGUGGACCGGGCAGCUAGUGGGGGAGCUGGCUCCCCGCCUGCACCUCUGGUUCCCCCUGCCACUGGUCCCCCAGCCUGCAAGAGCAGUGAGGUGCUAUAUGAGCGCCCCCAACCAACUCCUGCCUUCUCCUCCCGCACGGCUGGCCCCCCAGACCCUCCCCGGGCUGCCCGGCCCAGCUCAGCCGCCCCUGCCUCCCGCGGGGUCCCCCGGCUCCCGCCUGUGUGUGGGGACUUCCUCUUGGACUACUCCCUGGACCGGGGCCUGCCCCGCGGUGGCAGCGGGACAGGCUGGGGGGAGCUGCUGCCCACAGCUGAGGUCCCAGGACCCCUCUCUCGCCGGGAUGGGCUCCUCACCAUGCUCCCAGGCCCACCACCUGUGUAUGCAGCUGACGGCAGCAGCCCCCUCCUCCGCAGCAAGGACCCCCACAGCCGUGCCACCCGCACCAAGCCCUGUGGCCUGCCCCUGGAGGCCGCUGAGGGCCCAGAGGUGCAUCCCAACCCUCUGCUGUGGAUGCCCCCACCCGCCCGUAUCCCCCCAGCUGGUGAGCGCAGCGGCCACAAGAACCUUGCCCUGGAGGGACUGCGGGACUGGUACAUCCGGAACUCGGGACUGGCCACAGGGCCCCAGCGCCGGCCUGGGCUCCCCCACAUGGGCCCGCAGCACCCGCCCUUCCUCCACGCCCGCUGCUAUGAGGUGGGCCAGGCGCUGUAUGGGGCCCCCAGCCAGGCGCCACUCCCGCACUCAAGGAGUUUCACGGCGCCCCCUGUCUCCGGCAGAUACUACGCGGACUUCCUGUACCCCCCGGAGCUGAGCGCUCGUUUAAGUGACCUGACGCUAGAGGGGGAGCAGUCCUCCGAUUCUGACCCCCAGACCCCGGGGACACUGGUCUGACCCCUUCUCAUAUGCCCCUUGUUGGCCUGGGAAUGACUUUAGUCUGGGGAGCACACAGCUGACCUCGCUGAGCCCUGGGGUGUGGCUGCUCUCGGUCCUGGGGGGCACCAAUGUGAUCUUCCAAGGCCCCUGGCUCCCCGUGGGCCCACGAAGGUGUCUGACACCCUGUGUCUCCUCUCACACUGUGCUGGGGACUGGGGGCCCUCCGCCAGCUUAAAAGAGAGGAGAGGGGAUGAUGUAAUGGGAACUCCAAGCCCCUUCCUCCAUUUCUGUUUACAGUUGUGAUCUAGGUAUUCACUGUCUUCCCUCAACACUAGACGUUUUAUAAAAAAGGAAACUGUGAUCUCGUCCUGGUUGGGUUCAUUCCUGUCCCCAUGACCAGCCUGUUCCAUUCAGAAGCCCCCUCCACAAAACAAACCAUAUAGGGUCUCAGGGCCCACUUUGGGGCAGCCAGGAGACUCUGGUGUGAACAGAACUCCCUGCCACCCCCCACUGGGGCAGUUUUUCUUGGGGAGGUGCCCACAUUUGGAAGGAAUGAAGUCUCUGCCCACAUUUGGAAGGAAUGAAGUCUGGGUGGGGGGCUUGUGUUCAUUUUCUCUCCCCCAGGGUGCCUGAAGGCGCCCCAGUCCCUGUCUGCCUGUCUGUGCCCGCUGCCUCUGCCCACAGAGUGAGACGACCCAGCCUUUGGCGGCAGCCUCCUCUGCCCCGACUAUCCGCAAUCAGGAGGCCCCGCAGGAGGACCAAAGGGCAGAACCACUGGGUGUGUUGUGUCCUGGGAUGUAGCGGUGGUGGAACCUGGCGUCUGGUAGAUGCCAAUGAAAUCCUCAAGUGACGUCUCGCCACGGGUUAUGUCACACCUUCCUUGGCUUUCCUUCCAUCCACCACUUUUUAAACAAAUCCACACAAGCUGUGUUUUCUAUGAUACCUGUCUGUGGCUUUCUGGAGCUGGGGGUUCCCCUACCCCCUUUACCUAGUGUUAAACUUUUCUUUUUGUACUUAUGGAUCUGGGCCCAAGACACUACCCACACUGGAAGGGGAUUUCUAUAAUAAAUGUGUAAACUGA